ACAAAACCACCUUAAAAUCUCACACAAACACACACACAAAGAACUCGUAUUUUACUCUGUUUUCCCUUCCCUUCUUUUAUUUUGUCUUCAUUAUACUUUCUAACUUUAUUUUGUAGGAAAUCCUUUGUUCUUGCAAGCUGCCCAAAAAUUUGAGUUUCUUGCCCCUUUUUUUUUUACUAUCUUCUAUCAAAUUAUACCCUCCAUACAAAUCACGUCCUUGAUUCAUUUUCCCUUAAUUCCAUCCCAUAAAAAACAUAGAUCCUCUGUUUUCUUGAAAAGAUUUGGAAGAGAGAAAAAAAAAAAACGUGGUUUUGUUAACGAACAAAUAUGGCCAAACAAAACUUGGUUGUUGCAAAUUUGAAGCUUCAUGGCCUGCCCGUUUUCACUCCGGCGGCCUCCGAAAAGCCGCCGGAAAAAUUCGUCACAGUCUCAGACAAGAAACUGCUUCCGAACAUCGAAACCAAUGGCGGCUCGAGAAUCAUCAACUCAUGGAUUGAUUCUAUGAUUUCUUGUUCUCCGACUCAUAACCGAGCCAUCUCGUCGGGUCACAAUUCUUUUCUAGGGAAGCAAAUAGUCAUGUUUUUGGAUUACGACGGCACUCUUUCUCCCAUAGUAGACGAUCCCGAUCAAGCCUUCAUGUCCGAGUCGGUUAGGAUAGUUCGUUUACGCAUGAGAGCAACCGUUAAGAAGCUUGCUAGGUAUUUUCCGACCGCCAUCGUUAGCGGGAGGUGCUGGGACAAGGUGUAUAGUUUUGUUCGUUUGGCGGAGCUGUAUUAUGCUGGAAGCCAUGGAAUGGACAUCAAAGGCCCAUCCAAAGGGUCCAAAUAUAUGAAAAGUACUCGAGCUGUUCAUUUUCAAGCAGCCACUGAAUUUCUUCCAAUGAUCGAUGAGGUAUAUAAAGCCUUGUUGGAGGUGACGAAGUCUACUCCAGGUGCUCGGGUAGAGAACAACAAAUUCUGCGUCUCUGUACAUUUUCGCUGUCUUGAUGAGAGGAAAUGGAUUGAACUUGCCAAACAAGUUGGAUCAGUGUUAGAAGGAUAUCCAACUCUUCGAUUGAGCCAAGGGAGAAAGGUUUUUGAAAUCCGUCCUACUAUUAAAUGGGACAAAGGGAAGGCUCUUGAGUUUCUGCUAGAGUCACUCGGUGUUAAGAGAAAGAGGACAAGGAUUUGGGAUUCUUGUUUCCAAGAUUCCAAAAGACACAAAUGCAUCAUAUUCUUUGCAAGCACCUUCGGAGGUUAUGGCGUUCUUGAGGCGCUUGGUGGACUGGAAAAGAAUAUGUUUAAGGCGGCAGUUCAGAAUGAGAAGAAGACUUGAAGAAAUCAAUAUGUUUUUACCUAAUUAAGAUACUGUUUUUUAAUUAUAGAAUGUAUAAAUAUGUAUUUUCAAUUAUUUCUAGGAUAAUAUAUUCAUAUUCUAAAUUCAAAGCCCUUCAGCGACUUUUUGUUUUCUUUUUUCCUUUAAUUCUUGUAAUUGAGCUCUGCAAGAAGAUGAAUUUAUAACUCACAUUCUUA